UAUAUUCAACAACGCCUAAUGAGACUUCCGCCUGCCAUGAUCAAUUCUUUUUCCCCACGAAUUCGUGGCUAACACUUUACUGACGAACUUGUGAAAAGUUUUUCACUUAUUGUUACGAAAUUUAGUUAUUAAAAUGAGUUUGUCGGCUGCUCGCCCCCUCGUGAGUGUUUACUCCGAGAAGAAUGUUGCAAACAAGGAAAACAACAUUGCUUUACCAGUUGUUUUCAAAGCUCCAAUUCGACCAGAUGUCGUCAAUGAAAUCCACCAAUUGAUGCGUCGUAAUAAGCGUCAAGCUUAUGCUGUCAGCGAACAAGCUGGUCAUCAAACAUCAGCCGAAUCUUGGGGUACUGGUCGUGCUGUAGCCCGUAUUCCACGUGUUCGCGGUGGUGGUACCCAUCGUUCCGGCCAGGGUGCUUUCGGUAAUAUGUGUCGUGGUGGACGUAUGUUUGCACCGACCAAACCGUGGCGCAGAUGGCACCGUAAGAUCAACGUCAAUCAACGACGUUACGCAUUGGUUUCAGCUAUUGCUGCAUCUGGAGUACCAGCUUUGGUACAAUCGAAAGGACAUGUCAUCGAUGGUGUUUCUGAAUUCCCGUUGGUCGUCACCGAUGAAAUUCAAAAAUUGGCCAAGACCAAACAGGCCGUCAUUUUCUUGCGCCGUAUGAAAAUCUGGGCUGAUGUUCAGAAGGUGUACAAGUCGCAACGUUUCCGUGCUGGUCGUGGUAAGAUGCGUAAUCGUCGUCGCAUCCAACGACGUGGACCAUUGAUUGUUUACUCUAAGGAUGAGGGUCUACGCAAGGCGUUCCGCAACAUUCCCGGAAUCGACACGAUGUCCAUCGACAAGUUGAAUUUGUUGAAAUUGGCCCCCGGUGGUCAUGUCGGUCGUUUCGUCAUCUGGACUGAAUCGGCAUUCAAGCGUUUGAAUGACUUGUUCGGAUCAUGGAAGGUGUCAUCCACAUUGAAGAAGGGCUACAAUUUGCCACAACCGAAAAUGGCCAACACCGAUUUGUCGCGACUCUUGAGAUCCGAAGAAAUCCGUAAGGUAUUGAAGGCACCCAACAAGACCAUAUUCCGUCAUCGUCGCCGUCUCAAUCCGUUGGUCAACAAACGUGCUUUGGUCAAAUUGAAUCCAUACGCUGAAGUUGUUAAACGUCGUGCUCUUUUGGCACAAGAGAACCGCAAGAACUUGAGAACCGUUGAAACAGCCAAGCGACGUGGUAUCAAAUUGUCAGCCAAAAAUACUGCAGUCGUUUCCUUGAAACAGGAUGCAGCCCGUCACCAGCAAUUGAUUAAGGCCGCCGCCGCUAGAAAGAUCCGACGUGCCGCUAUCAAAAAAGCAACCGCUAAGAAAUGAGUUUUUUAUGUAAAUUGAUGGAAAUAUAUAAACAUAAUCGGCGGGAGAAAUAAU